AAUGUUAGAUGAUGUUGAUACACCUGAGAAUUUUGAUGAUGCACAUUUGGAUAUGCCUCUAUCAGAUGAAUUUGUGGAGAGAGCAACUGAUUGCAAACUUGUUGAAGAUUCUCAUAUGGAGUCAUGUCUACCUUUGGCAGCAAAGAAGGCGAAGAAAAUGAAGUCUAAUAUCUUAAAAGACAAGAUACAAAGCAUAUCUGAUUCAUCCCACCAACUUAGCGAAGUGGUUAUUGAGCAUAAUAAAGGCAAAAGAGUCCCACAAACACCAACACUCAAGUCAAGGAGUGGCAGAACAAUCAAGCGAAGAAUAUUGGACUAAUGAAGUGAAAGAUUUUAUGAGACUUUGAAGCAACUUUUGUAUGUACUUUGUACAAUUAUCUAGCUAUGACUUUUGGCUCUAUUACACCGUGUUGGUGACAUUCUACUAGCAUUUUGAGGUUACCUUUUGUAUGUACAUUGUAUAUGCCUCGAUGCAGUUUUUGGUUUAAUGCGCUAUGUAUAUAUAACGCAUAAUGUCUGAAAGGAUACUUAAAUAGUUUAUAUAUAAAUUGUAUUAUGUAGAUUGUUGCUCCUAGCUGU